AUGAUUAGUGGCCACAGAAGUACUGAAAAGAGGACGACUAAGCAGGAAAAUGGAAAUGAAUAUGGAAACACACAGAGAAAAGAGAUGACUAGGGGAAAGAAAGUGGGAAAUAUGGAGGAUAAUAUUCUGGUUGGAACGAAGAUUAAAUGGAGAGAGUGGAAAUUGGCCACCUGGAAUGUUAGAGGAAUAAGGGGAAAAGAAUUGGAUUUAAUAGGGGAGUUUGAGAGGUAUAACAUUGAUGUUCUGGGUAUAACAGAGACAAAAAAGAAGGGGAAAGGAGAACAAUUGAUGGAAAAUGGGCACAUUAUGGUAUACGGUGGAGUGGAAUAUGAAAAACACGGUGCAGCGGGAGUGGGAUGUCUGAUAAAUAAGAGAUGGAGUCAAUUUGUGGACCAUUGGGAGGUGUACUCUGAAAGGAUUCUCUUACUGCGUCUAAAAAAGAGUACGAACCGAAUUAUAUCUAUAUUGGUAGUAUAUGGGCCGAACGAGGAUGCAAGAGCGGAAGAAAAAGAUAAAUUCUGGGAAGAAUUGAAUAUGGCAAAGGAGAACUGUAAGGGAAAAAUUAUAAUAUGCGGAGAUAUCAACGGUAGAGUUGGUAUUUCACAGGAUAAUAAUGGAGUUGUGGGCAAAUAUGGUGAAGAUAAGAAGACAAAUAAUGGAAAUAGACUUAUUGAAUACUGCAGAAUGAACGAUUUAAUAGUGACAAAUACUUUCUAUGAACAUAAGGAUAUUCAUAAGUACACAAGACAGGGACCAAAAACAGAAGAUAGAUCAAUUAUAGAUUACAUAGUCGUGGAGAGGGAUAGUAGGAGAGAGGUGAAUGAUGUGAGAGUAUACAGGGGAGCUGAAUUAGGAACCGAUCACUACAUGUUGGUUGCGAAAAUGGUAGAGGAGGAUGAGGGAGGGAAGGUCGAAAAACAAAAUGAAAGAUGUUAUGAACGGAUUAAAUAUUAUAAGCUAAGAGAACGUGUGAAUGCAGAGAAGUACAGAACAAAAUUAGAAGAAGAACUUCCAAGGGUAGAUGUAGUCAACUGUAACUGGAGGCUGGAAGAUUUGUGGGUCGACUUCAGGAUAAAAGUAUUGGCAACAGCUAAGGAGGUUUGUGGAAGUGUAAGAGUCAAAGGAAAAAGGAAAUAUACUUCUUGGUGGAGUGAGGACAUUAAAAAAGAGAUAAAAUGCAAGAAGAACAGAUGGAAAGAAUACUUAAGAGAAAGAACUGAGGACAGUUAUAUGAGGUACAAGGAGAAAAGAAAAAUAGUUAAAGAAAUGAUCAAGAGUAACAAGGAAAAGAACUGGACUGAGUUUGGGGAUAAAAUGGAAAAAUAUGCUAAUGAGAACAAAAAAUUGUUCUAUAGAAUGUUAAAAAAUACGAGAAAGAAAAAGGGAUUAGAACAAAUAACCAUAAGAAACAAACAAAAGGAAUUACUGACAAGUGAGAAGGAAAUCAUGGGAAGAUGGAGAGAGUAUUUUAUAGAACUCUUGGAGGGAAACGAUGGAUAUGUCAUGCCGGAGGAAGCUGUCGGAAAGGAUGCUCGAACAAACACCGAUGAAGACCAUAUAAGUAUAGAGGAAAUAAACGAAGCGCUAAAUAAGUUGAAAAGUGGAAAAUCAGCUGGAUAUGAUCUGAUAGCACCAGAGAUGAUGAAAAAUAUGGGGAAUAUCGGUAGAGAAAUUUUCAGAGUGAUCUGUCAGAAAGCGUGGAACGAGAAAGAAAUACCGGAGGACUGGAGGAGGGCUUUGAUUGUUCCUAUCUAUAAGAGCGGAGAUAAAAAAGAAUGUAGUAAUUACAGAGGGAUAACAUUAAUGAAUACUGCGUUGAAGGUGUAUGAAUCGAUACUCGAACAGCGACUGAGAGCACAUGAAGAGAAAUCCCUAGACGAGGCACAAAGCGGGUUCAUUAAAGGAAGAAGUACUCAAGAUCAUAUAUUCACAAUUAAGCAGAUAAUUGAGAAAAUAAGGAAAAACAAAAGGACUGCCUAUUUUGUGUUUAUAGAUUUGGUCAAGGCUUUCGAUAAGGUCAGAAGAAAGAAGCUGUGGGGAAUACUAAAGAAGCGUGGUGUUGACUCGGGAAUGUUGCAGUCGAUCCAGAGUAUUUACAAGAGAAAUGUUAACUUUGUCAUAAGGCAAAACAUGAGAUCAGCAGAAUUUGAAACAAGGGAUGGACUGAGGCAGGGGGGAACACUCAGCCCUCUGCUGUUUAUAAUAUUCUUGGAUGAGAUUAUAAAAGAAUGCAAGGAAAAUAUGUCUAAAUUGUUUGUAGGACACUGGAGGAUGGAGAGGAUAGAGAUAUCAGAAUGUGCGUUUGCAGAUGAUGUGGUGCUGAUGUCGGGAAGUAAGAGGGGAAUACAGAAAAAUGUGGAUAUCUGGUAUGAAACAUUGAAGAAGUAUGGUAUGGAAAUCAAUAGAAAGAAGACAAAAAUACUAAGAGUUUCAGAGGAGGAGGAUGAAGUGAGGGUGGAAAUAGAGGGAGAGGUGAUACAGCAGGUGGAACAGUUCAUCUACUUGGGGGUCAGUAUUGAUAGGAGGGGAAAUCAGGAAGGAGAGUUGAAUGAUAGAAUAGAAAAGACCAGCAAACUUUACCACGCCAUGAAUAAGAACUUCAUCAGGAAGAGAGAAAUAGCCGAGAAAACUAAGAUGAUGGUGUACAAGACAGUUAUUAGACCAGUGCUAACAUAUGGAUGCGAAACCUGGACAACAACCCUGAGAGAGAAGAGUCGAUUGCAGGCUAUGGAGAUGAAAAUUUUGAGAGGAAUAAAGGGGGUGACCAGGAGAGACAGGUGGAGGAAUGAAGAAGUCAGAAGUCAGUUGAGGGUGGAAUCACUGAAUGAUUAUAUCGGGGAGAGACAGUUGGGUUGGUGGGGACAUUUACAACGGAUGGGAACAAAUAGACAAGUAAGACGCAUUUGGGAGGCAAAAGUGGAGACGAAACCUAGAAGAGGAAGACCACAUCUAACAUGGAUGGAUAGCGUUAAAAAAGAGGUGAACCGGAGAAGAAAAAGUGUGGAAGAGGCCAAAGUGCUAACAGUAGAUAGAAAACAAUGGAAGGAUUUUAUUAAGAGUGUUUAUUCAAUCAAUAAUUGA